UAUGAGCGCGAUGGCGGCGUUUCGUUCUCUGCCUCUCUGUAUAUUGUCUUCUCGAUCGGUGCCUUUCUUUUUUUCCGUCCCGUAUCUCAAUUAUCAAGAGCUAAUCACGAAACUAGAUCAAGAUGGGAAUAAGGUCCAAGAGGAAAAGGAAGGCCCCAACAACCGACCAUCCUUCGCCAUCCCGCCGCCGCGGCAACGACGCAGUACAUCCCCCUUCGCCGGCGGAGUCGAGAAACUGGGCGGCGCUGCCCCAUGACGUCCUGUGCGAGAUCCUCAGCCGCGUCCCGCAAGCCGACAUCCUCCGCAGCGCAGGGCUCGCGUGCGCGUCCUGGCGGCGGGCCACCGUCCAGGAGCCCCUGCUCUGGCGCCGCAUCGACCUCGCCGCCAAGGGGGACGAGAGGGAACCCGCUCCGGCGUGGUGGAAGGCGAUGGCGCGCGCCGCCGUAAGCCGCAGCGCUGGCCGCUGCGAGUCCUUCCGCGGCCGCGCCGACGCCGAUUUCCUCCUCUACCUCGCCGACAGGGUGGCUGCUUGGGCUGCAGGCGAAGAGCUCGUAAACUUGCCCUCGCGAGAAAGCAAGAGGAAAAAAGAGCUCGUAAAUACGCAGGCUGAUCGAUCAGUUGCAGCUGCAGAUCGAUAUGAAGCUGAAUUCCAGGCCGGUUUUAGUUUAGUUUUGUCUCCAGCAUCAGACCAAAGCGGGAUCUCCUUUCGUUCGUCUUCUUUGCUAGCUGUUGUGCAUCUCAAUUAUGGUAUACCUGCACCGCAACGCCAGAACCUUUGACAAUGUCAAUCUACCGAUUUCUGGGGUCAAGCUACAAAUUGCUGAGUCCCUUAGCUUGUGGAGUGUGAGAACGAACAAGGUGGCUAGGCUUCGACUGUUACUCUGGGCUGACCAACUGUCUGAGAGAUGGCCUUAAAAACAAGCUCUCUUUUUUCAUAUUUCUUUUUACUUUUUCAUCACUACUUUGUCCUGGCUUGUUCAGGUUUAUGUUGUACUUCAGACUUUUAGUCUGUUUGGAAUAUAGAAGGUAAACAAAUAUACCUUCUGAUCCAAAGAAAAUAAUAAUUUUCGACCUAAA